AUGCCGCCAUCCCCCUCUAACCUCCCGCAACCAACCCCCUCCGACCUCGAAUCCGACCUCCUCAACCACCUAGCCACCACGCACGCGCUCGAAGACUUGCAUACCACACUCCUCUCAACACUCCAGCGACUCGGCUGGACCGAUAAAAUCCGGCGGCUCUCAACCGAACUCCUCCGCGCAAACCGGUGCGAGCGGUUCGAUGAUGUCGUGGAUGCGGUGGUCGCCUCCGCACAGGGACGAUCACAUCCGUUCCUUGUCGACUCCGAAACACAGAACAAUAGCAACAACAGCAAUGGGGAUGUAGACGGGGGCAGCGGGUUCUCGUUCGAGAAUGCGGACGCGCGGAUUCCGAGCGUUGUUGUUGAGCAGGGGGUUCGUGCGAUCAAGGACGUUUUAAGAGAGGUGGUUAUACUCGAGGACGAUGGGGAGGGAACAGGAAGCGGUGGCACUGGGGGUAGUAAUAUUGCUGUUGAGGUGGGAGGAGAGCGCACGGCGCCGACCACGGGGUCAAAACGGCAGGGAGAUAAGUCGGCUAAUGGUGAUACAAGUCCGACCAAGAAGGCGGACAAGAAGACGAAACAGGGGAAGCAAGCUAAGUGA